AUGAAAGCUGUAGUACUGCUUUUGUUUUUGUGCCUGGCUGUAGCCAGUGCUGAAUUGAGUCCCAGGAAAAACUAUCCGGACUCCUGCACCAGCGUCAAACCCAAAAAAAAUGGCAUUUAUACGAUACAACUGAGUAACGGCCAGGUCAUUGAUGUUUUUUGUGAUGUGUAUCUAACUGGAGAUCCUUGGCUGGUCAUACAGCGACGCACGAAUAUCGAAACGAAUUUCUAUAGAAAAUGGACAGCCUAUCAGCAAGGAUUUGGUCAGAUGGACGGCAAUUUCUUCAUUGGACUAAACAGACUCAAUAUUUUGACAAACAAGCGGCAUGAGCUUUAUAUCUAUUUGGUGGACUAUGAAGACAAAAAACUUUUUGCCAGAUAUUCAGAGUUUGCAAUUGGCAAUGAGGCCAACUUGUAUGGCCUUAAUGUAUUGGGCACUUAUUCAGGCAAUGCUGGAGAUUCUUUGAGCUAUCAUAAGAAUAUGAAGUUCAGCACCUACGAUAAAGACAAUGAUUUGGCUUAUGCAACAAAUUGUGCUGUGAACUUUACCGGUGCUUGGUGGUAUAAAAAUUGUCAUGAAAGCAAUCUGAAUGGACUUUUCUUGGAAGGUGAUUACAGCUUGGAUCAAUUUGGGCGUGGCACAUCUUGGUAUAGUUGGAAGGGACACUUCUAUGGCUAUAAAUAUAUACAAAUGAUGAUAAGACCGAGAUAG